UUUUUAUAUCAACAUAAUAGGAUAUAUUUAAUUUCUUAGUUUUAGCUUGUAAUAAAGAUAAAAUGGAGCUUUAUAUACCUCCAAAGGGACUUAAAUUCAGGCUUCAAAAUUAUAAAUCAAAAUGGGCCAUUUUUUCUAGGUUCUCUCAAGAACCAAAAUUUUUUCAUUUUACAAGCAGUGAUGAAUAUAAAGACCAGUACUGGACUUUGAUUCCAGGAACAGGGAAACAUUCUGGUUAUUUUAGAAUUGAGAAUUGCGUUACCCAACAGGCCAUUUUUUCUAGGUUCUCUCAAGAACCAAAAUUUUUUACUUACACAAGCAGCGAAUUUGAUGAUCAGUACUGGACCUUUGUUCCAGGAACAGGAAAACGUUCUGGUUAUUUCAGAAUCGAGAAUUACGUUACCAAAUGGGCCAUUUUUUCUAGGUUCUCUAAAGAACCACAAUUAUCUCAUUACAUUAGCAGUGAUAAAUUUGAUGAUCAGUACUGGAGUUUUAUAUUUGAAGAUAUGAUCAUUGAAAGCGUGGAUUACAAAAUUUAUGUAGGAAAAAUCCAAAGUACAAAAAAUGUUGUGCUUAUGAGACAAUCCUUAACGAAUGAUACUGACGGAGAGCAAAUGUUAAGCUUCAAAGUAGAUGAGAGCGUAAAACAUACGUCAACCUUUGAGUAUUUAAGUGGAUUUACCGUGAAGGUAGGAGCUAAAUUUAAAGCUGAAAUUCCAUUUAUAGAAGAAACUGGUCUUAAUAUUGAAGCUACAACUAGUAAUCAUACUUGGAGUUUCGGUAAUUCUACAGAAUCAGUAAAGAAAUAUACAGCAGAGUUAUCUGUUAAAGUUCUUCCAAGAACAAAAAUAAUUGUUGAAGCAACUAUAAAAAAGUCAAUAUUGAACGUGCCUUUUAUUAUGCAUCUUAAGUCAAAGGAAACGGGUAUUAAAGUGGAUACUUAUGGUACUUACUCAGGUGUAACAACUUGGGAUUUUAAUAAUAUCAUUAGAGAACAAAAAAUAAAUCCAACCUGUUGAAGUUAGGCAUUUUUCACAUAUUUCCGGGUGAAAUACUCUUCAGGUAUCUUAUGAUCGAUUUCCAGAAGAAGCACCUUUGAUGACGACAAUCUUUGAAUAGAACAAAAAUAGAUAUAUUCUUUA